AUGGCCCUCAAGAGAAAACUUGACUUCGACUCAGACGAUGUUGCCCCUACGAACGCGAAGCAGUUGAAGCUCGUCCCUUUCCCUAACUACGAACCAGACAUGGACGUCUCUAUGUCGGACGACGCAAUGUGUGUUGACGCCCACCAUACACGUCUCUCAUCCACCACCAGCUCGUACUCUUCGAACGCGUCCGACUCUCCUCUUGACAACUCCCCUCCGUACCCGACGUUUGACCUUUACCCUUCUUCACCAUCUGAACAAACUUCGUCGCCCAACCAGUAUCCAUACACGCCCGCUCAAUCCCCUUCUCUCCCCACUGUUGGUCUUAUUCAACCGUCAAAGUCCUUCGUUCACCAUGGAUCGAACUGCUCGCAAAUACCGAAGCUUCGCGUCGCCUGUGCUCCUGGACUUAACGGCCAACGAACCAUGUGGAGCUUCUGCGAACAAUGCGGCGCCAUUUCCAUGGUCGAAAGCGACUGA